UUACCUGCCAUCCAGAGCUUUCUUCCUUUAGCCAACACAGUUCAGCUCGUUUCUGCCAUAAAAAUCUCCCUGGUGGAAGUAGGACAUCCGACGGCUCAGCAUACAAACCAAAGGCACUCCUGAAUUGGAAGCCAUUCAACGGGCUCUCUGACGACAUGACGAAAUCCAGAACAGCUGAUGAAUCUGUAAAGGACGACAAAAGCAAAAAGUCCAUAUUGCCAAGAAUUUUCAGGAGAAAGGGAAAGAACAAGAGAGGCCCGGAUGGAGAUAUAAUCGCAGAAAAAGAGAUCCUUUUUGAUCUGGAGAGCAGGUACAUGUCCAAGAGAGGUCUUGCGGAGGCAUAUCCGGUAAUAAAGAAAAGCUUUUCAGGUGGUUCGUGGAUCCAUUGCACAAACGAACGUGAUACCCGUGUUAAAUGGCAAGAUGAUUUAAAUCUAGCAUUUGAUAUGUCGUCUAAAACUUCUUUCUCUUCAGGCAGAAACAGGAGUUCACGAGUUGGACGUCUGAACCUGUCUGUUCUGGAGAGACCCAGAAUAAAAGGUUUUGAUCGAGGCCAGGAGUAUCGGAUAUUUGUUGGAACAUGGAAUGUUGCAGGAAAGUCUCCAAACAUUGGCCUCGACCUUCAAGAUUUCCUACAAGUAGGAGGAUACUCUGAUAUCUAUGUAUUAGGGUUUCAGGAAAUAGUUCCGUUAAAUGCAGGGAAUGUGUUGGUGAUGGAGGACAACGAGCCUGCUGCCAAAUGGCUUGCUCUCAUCAGUCAAGCCCUCAACGAGCCCCGCGACGAGGUCGACGACUCAAAUGUCUCAAUAUACUAUAAGGAAUCCAGGUCGACGACCGGCCACUUGUCCCAAAAGUCUUCUUUCAAAGUCCUCAGCAAGAACUACGGUGUCGACAAUCCCCUUGUCAAGACAUGCAACUGUGAAGUUGAGGCCUGCGGCGUCCGACGAAGGACAAGGAAGCCCAGGGAGUUCGUCGACAGCGGCUGCUCAGGCUCGUCGGAGGAGUGCUACUCCAUGUCACGUCACGCGAGCUAUGAAGUCCGAAACAACGGGAAAUACUGCCUCAUCGCGAGCAAGCAAAUGGUGGGCAUCUUCCUCGCCGUAUGGGUCCGAAGCGAGCUCGUGCAACACAUCGGUCAUCUAAGGAUGGCCUCUGUCGGGAGAGGAAUCAUGGGCUGCCUGGGUAACAAGGGUUGCAUUGCGAUGAGCAUGUCGUUGCACCGGACGAGCUUUUGCUUCGUCUGCAGCCACCUGACUUCGGGCGAGAAGGAAGGUGACGAGCUGAAGAGGAACGCGGAUGUUGCUGAGAUCCUUAAGAGCACACAAUUCCCGACGAUUUGCAAGACACCAGAUAGUCAAAUCCCUGAAAAGAUCCUUGACCAUGAUCGCGUGAUAUGGCUCGGUGAUUUGAACUACCGGAUUUCACUGAGCUAUCAUGACGCACGAACAUUACUGGAGGUUAAUGAUUGGGAUGCUCUUCUAGACAAAGACCAGUUGAUGACAGAGCGCGAAGCGGGAAGGGUGUUCGAUGGGUGGAAAGAAGGGAAGAUCUACUUCGCUCCUACAUACAAGUACUGGCACAACUCCGAUGCAUAUGCCGGGGAGAUGACUAAAUCCAAAAGGAAGCGCAGAACACCGGCAUGGUGUGAUAGGAUAUUAUGGUAUGGCAAUGGCAUAGAACAGCUUCAGUACAUAAGAGGAGAGUCGAGAUUCUCUGAUCACAGACCUGUCUGUGCUGUGUUCAAGGCUCGGGUGGACAACAGCAAUAAUGGUAGACACAGAAAGCGCUGCUCCAGUGUGGGUGCGGGGAUCCCCUUGGAUGAGGUCAUGCCUCAAAGGCACAGCUUCUUUGAGUACUAACUAAAAGGCAUUUGUGCUAUGCAACUCGACAUAGUUGUCGAAUAUGAUGUGGUGGAUGGCUUAUAGCUCUUGCUGAUGAUACCAUGCUAACAUGGAUAUCAAGAAGCCUAAUCAUAGAGUCUUGCUUAUUGUUCU